AUACUAAAGACAGAUUUUCGUUAUUGAGAACGCUCACGAUUCGCAAAAUCAAUCAAUAUUCACACAACAAUGUAGACAAUAAUCAAAUUUGUUCACAAUAACCAACGCAGCACCGUCAUCAUUGACGUGUACUGAAAUUUGAAAACUGAAAAGAAUUUCUGACCUCCGCGGCCUCCGGCCUUCCAGCGAUAACAUUCCUACUCGAUUCUAAUAAGAAUAAUGAUUAUAGAUCUCGGAUUUAUCUACCUUUAGUAACGACUGUAGCAGUAGGUACAUAAAGCUAUGCUUAUCUAUUUUUUUAAUAGUAACGGAUAAAAUAUUGCUUGAUAAACAUGACUUUGAUAAAGCAAGCUAUGUAUACUUCCGCUUGUGUUUAUUAUCUUGUAGUGCCUGCCGUUAUUCUACUGAACACGUUGUUUUAUACGAAUGAUAUGGCGGAGAGCAGUUUUAUACUUGUAACUGGUGGUGCUGGAUACAUUGGUUCACAUACAAUAGUUGAAUUAUUAAAUAAUGGUUACUCGGUUGUUGCCAUCGAUAACCUUGUGAAUGCAUAUGCUGCCAAGGAACAAAAACCUGAGUCAUUGAAAAGGGUCGAGCUGAUAACUGGAAAGACUAUACCUUUUUACAAUAUUGAUGUGACCAAUAAAAAAGCUUUAAAUAGUGUUUUUCAGCAGUUCAAGAUUGAUUGUGUGAUACACUUUGCUGCUCUAAAAGCGGUGGGCGAAUCAGUUCAAAUACCUUUGCAGUAUUAUCAAAAUAACAUUGCCGGAUCCAAUACACUUUUUCAGGUAAUGAAGGAAAAUAAUGUGAAACGAUUAGUGUUUUCAUCAUCGGCUACCGUAUAUGGUACACCUCAAUUUUUACCCAUCACCGAAGACCAUCCCACUGGUCAAGGCUGUACGAAUCCUUAUGGAAAAACAAAAUAUUUUGUUGAGGAAAUUUUAAAAGAUGUCUGCACAUCAGAUCCGGAAUGGCAAGUGAUCCUGCUGCGUUAUUUCAAUCCUGUUGGCGCACAUAAGUCCGGGUUAAUUGGAGAAGAUCCCAGUGGCAUUCCAAAUAAUUUAAUGCCGUAUAUUGCACAGGUUGCUGUAGGUAAAAGAGACAAAGUGAACAUAUUUGGUGCUGAUUACGAUACUCCGGACGGUACUGGAGUACGAGAUUAUAUUCACAUAACCGAUUUAGCCGUUGGCCAUUUGCGAGCAUUACUCAAACUUAACGAAACCACCUUUCGCGGUUGCGAGGUUUAUAAUUUAGGAACUGGACGUGGUUAUUCCGUCUUAGAAAUGAUCAAAGCAUUUUCAAAAGCCUCAGAAAAGGAAAUCCAGUAUAACAUAUGUAAGCGUAGGGAGGGUGAUGUUGCAUCUAGUUAUGCGGAUGCGACGAAAGCGAAAAGAGAAUUAAAUUGGACUGCAGUGCAUGAUAUUAAUGACAUGUGUACUGAUACUUGGAAGUGGCAAUCGGCAAAUCCGAACGGAUAUGUUCAAAAUCACAGUAUUUCACGUUAAUUGCAAAUGUAUAGAUGUAUAGGUCUCAAUUGUAUAUUAACAAGCAUUUGUAUUAUUGCAUUUAUCCCAGUGGAAACUAAAAUAUAUUUUAUUGUAUCAACAAUU